ACAAAUCCAAUCUAUUCCCGGCUCGAUAAAACGUCAAGUUGUAACACAGAGGUGUUUAAGAUGUCACAGAACGCUAUUGCAUUUACUAUUUUUAGCUCUAUGCUCUUUUUUUCCUAGAGCGGUUUGCCCCGGAAUAUUGGUGAUUUGUGGCCGAACAUACCCCGUGUGUGUAUCUCUGGAUAGCCAGCAUCGUGGAGCUUGAGAGGACCAAAACCACCCUAAUGUGGCGUAGAACCGGCGGACUACCUUUGUUUUUGGAGAACAUAAACAACUGGAGCAGACGCAGUCCUUAAAAUGCGUUUUAUUCUGGAGGAAAGGCAACAUAGCCACAGGCGGCAUUGCCAGUGUUUUUGUGGUUAGCAUGUUAUUAUGGAUGCUUCCGCUCUGGCAUCAUUUGAGUGGAACAGCUGUGCAGAUGUGGAGGCAAUCCAAAAUCCGUGUCACGAUGUAGAGGCGUUUUCUGGUGCGAACUGAUCCGCUGUCGUGAGGGGGACCGAUGGGGGGGUCAAAGAUGACCCUGGCUGUGGCCGUGGUCCUGGCGGUGCUGCUGACGCCACCAGCUCGCGCUGCAUCUGAGAUGGACCCCUACAAAAUAUUAGGUGUGACCAGGAGUGCAAACUCAGCUGAGAUCAAAAAGGUCUACAAGCGACUUGCAAGAGAAUGGCAUCCUGACAAAAAUAAAGAUCCAGGCGCUGAGGAUAUGUUCAUCAAGAUCACCAAAUCCUAUGAGAUCCUGUCCAGUGAAGAUAAACGGGCCAACUAUGACCGUUAUGGGCAGACUGAUGACACCCAACCGUAUGGCAGCGGUCAUUAUGGCCAUCGCCAUGACAACUUCUACUUUGAUGAGUCCUUCUUUAACUUCCCGUUCAACAACAAGAACCAAAGAGACUUUGGCGACAACAAGUACACCCUUCACUUCAACCACUACAUCAACGACGUGGUUCCUGACAGCUACAAGAGGCCCUACCUGAUAAAGAUCACCUCCGAUUGGUGCUUCACCUGCAUCCACAUCGAGCCUGUGUGGAAAGAGGUGGUGCAGGAGAUGGAGAGUCUAGGUGUUGGGAUCGGCGUGGUGGAUGUAGGCUAUGAAAGACGGUUAGCCAAUCACCUCGGUGCUCACCGCACCCCAUCCAUACUUGGAGUCCUCAAUGGCAAAGUGACAUUUUUCCAUUAUGCUGUCGCAAAGGAACACUUGAAGCAGUUUGUAGAAGACCUUCUUCCUCAGAGGCUGGUGGAGCAGGUCAAUGAUAAGAAUGAUCAGCAGUUCCUGAACAGCUGGCAUGACCUCAACAAGCCACAUGUGCUGGUCUUUGACCAAGUCCCUGUUGUUCCCCUUCUGUACAAACUGACAGCCUUUGCUUAUAAAGACCAUCUGCAGUUUGGCUAUGUGGACCAGGGCCUCACAGAGACGGCCGAUCUGCAGAAGCGCUUCAAUAUCAACACUUACGCUCCGACCAUUCUGGUCUUCAAAGAGAACAUCGACAAGCCCGCUGAUAUUAUACAGGCCAAAGGACUGAAAAAGCAAAUAGUUGACGAGUUCAUGUCCAACAAUAAGUUCCUCCUUGCGCCUCGACUGGUCAAUCAGAAGCUCUUUGAUGAACUGUGUCCCGUCAAGCAGUUUCAUAGACGCAGGAAAUACUGUGUUCUGCUCAUUACUGGUGACGAAGACAUUUUUGCUGCUGGGAACCAGGAGUUUGUUUCUUUCGCAUCGACCAACACUAAGGAAGUUGUGAGGUUUGCUUAUGUGUAUCAGCGGCUGCAGCAGCCUCUGUGUGACGUUCUCAUGCAGAGCAGAGACGGCUCACCGUCAACAGCACAGGUGGUGAUCCUGGAGCGGCGGAACACUGCAGGGAAAGCCUUGUUCAAGCCGGUUACUCCUUGGAAUGGGAGGGAGGAGGAGAAACAGCUUCUCCUGGAGGAGCUGGACCGACUCCAGAAGGACCCCUCCAUCCUCAUCCAUGAUGCUGUUCUGCCUGCACUCAACAAUGAAUUCGCCUCAAUGUUUGUAAUCCGGUGGAUCUAUGCAUCAUACGAUUACCUCUCUGAAGUCAUCGAUGAUAUUCUACAUAACAACUGGCGUGAGAUGAUGCCUCUUCUCUCCCUCAUUUUCUCUGCCUUGUUCAUCUUGUUCGGAACUGUGGUCAUCCAGGCCUUCAGUGAUUCUAGUGCCGAUCAGCUGGUGAAACUGACGGGGAAGGAUGGGACUACAGCAGAAAAUGGGUCUUCAAGUAGCACCUCAAGUCGUCCACCUAAAAAGAAUUUCGUGGAGGUGACGGAGCUGACGGACAUCACCUACACGAGCAACUUGGUGAAACUGAGGCCUGGACACAUGAAUAUAGUCUUGGUGCUCACUGACGCCUCGAAAAACAUCCUCCUGAGCAAAUUUGCAAAAGAAGUCUAUUCUUUCACGGGGAGCAUGACUCUACAUUUCUCCUUCCUGAACAUCGACAAACACAGCGAGUGGAUGAACACUCUGCUGGAAUACGUUCAGGAUGCCAUGCAGAUCGAGGCAGACGAGGAGGAGGACGGCGGGAACCGCAAGAUGGACUACACUGGCCACGUGCUGGCUCUGAACGGCCACAAGAAGUGCUUUUGUCUGUUUAAGCCCGUGUACACCGGGGAGGACGUUGACGGAAAGCUCUCCGAGGAUGAAGGGGUGACGUCAGGGGGGAGGUCCAGGGCCAGAUCCCGUGACGAUCACCCCGCCCGUAAAUCCAGACGCCCUCGCAGCACACCCACCCUCCAGAUCCACCACAAAUUGGACCGCCUCGGCUUGUGGAUGGAGAGACUCAUGGAAGGCACAUUGCCCUGUUAUUACGUCCAGACCUGGCCUGGCAUUGACAAAAUCACCUCCAGUAAAUAGACCGAGGCGGAUUCAUUUUUUCCACGCUUUUUUCCACAAAUUUUAAAAAAAUCCACAUUUGAGAGGUAGAGAUUUCCUUUAGGAGAUGCUGAUAUUUCAGAUUCCUCUGAGCUUAAUGCAUGCUUUUCUCUGCGAUUGUUGGUAACAAUUAUUUAGGGAAGCCUCUACUGCUUCAGCCUUUUUAAAGCUAAAAUCACUGUGGCCACCUCUGCUCCUGCCUGUCCUGCUGUCACUUCCAGUCUCACUAAGAAAGAGAAUGUAAAGACGGACUCGAUGCUUCACCUGUCAAUAUAGUUUCAAAGCCUGGAGGACAAAGAAAUGGGAUUUUCAGUUUCGUGUUUUCACCCACCUCCAUGCGGCUGACCUAAUUCUCGACGACAGGUUGCUGCUCUUUGCACAAAGUAAAAGUCCUCAACCAUUUCAGAUGUUCAACAAGCCGUUGUAGAAAACCUCUGUGGAUUAAAACUGUGAGUAUGGAUGCAUGACACUGACAUUUAGCCUUUUUUAUGCAUCUAAGCUAAACUUUUUUCAAAGGAUAUGUUCUUGGUGUGGAAUUUCUUGUGCAAUACACUGUUGUCAUGAUAACACAUUUUACUUUAAACGACAAGAUGUGUGCAUUUCCGGAUAGAGUGAAGGAGAAAAAAAAAAGUUUAGGAAGCUUUUAUGCGUUCAACCAACUUCAGUAGCUUCAUGUAGCAAACUGUAAAAACCUGUGUGACCCUGUCAGAGCAUCUUCUAUCCACAACAGAAAGUGUAUGUUUCAAUGCACUAAAUAUCAAUUUGCUGAACCUUGUGGGUGUAGUUGUUUAGGAUAUUUAUUCUCUUGCAGGAUGUGAGUUUAAAAAAAGAAAGUUAGGUCUUUUUCUCCAUUUAUGCUCUUGCUGGUUGUUCAUGUUCAAUAAAAAGAAUAACUUGUGAGAUGACUUUUA